GCGGCAUGGCCGCCCGGCGAAGAAGCAGGGGACGGCCGGCCCCGGGCGGGAGCUCCCCGCUGGCCGGCGGGGCAGAGGGCGGGCCGCCGCUGCUGCACGUCGCCGAGGCGGUGCAGGCAGAAGAUGACAAAGUCCCCACGAUGUUCCGGAGAGCCCUGGCGCAGCUGUCUCUGAACAGCAUGAAGGCCGCCAACAUCUGCAUCGGUCGUCCGGUGCUGCUCACGGCGGCGGGAGGAAAGCAGGAGGUCUGCACUGCCUGGCCCACUCCAGGCUUCCCAGGUGGGAAGAUUGGGCUGAGUGACACCACACAGAAGAGCCUGAGAGUCAGUGUGGGUGAUGCCGUCACCGUGCAGCCCGUGACUGGUGCGGUCAUCCAAGCAGAAGAAGUUGCUGUGAAGAUGAGGGAUAAAGAUGCCUGCAUUAAUGCUGAGGAAAUGUCUGUCUGUCUGCUGAGAAACUUAGAUGGGAAAGUUGUUUUACCAGAAAAUCUCCUGGCAUUCAGUUUCUAUGGCAAACUGUGUAAUGUGCUGGUGAUGAAGGUGAAGGGGACGGACAGUCUGGAGCUGCAUGCCCAGGCUGGUGCCAUUUCCAGCGAGAUGUGUGAGCCAGACCUGGAGAAAUCUGACUUGGAGAUGAGUGCGCUGGAUCUGUCCUUACAGCUCAGCAGGAUGGACAUUGAUGAAGAUCCAGAGGCUGCAUCUGCGAGCACUCCAUGCAAACCGGUGUGUCUGGGUUCACCAGUUACACCCAGUUCUGCUGUGACAGCUGCUGCUCAAGGUUCUCAGGGAGAUGAAGCCUGCAGCAGAGAGGGUACUGCAGACUUGGCUGCUGGUUUGGAGCUGCCUGGAAAAGAAGGCAGUGAGAGACUUCCAUCGGCUGCCAAACCUGGAGCAUUCCGCAGCACAGACACUUUUUAUUACAUUUCUUCAAGAACUAGAAUCAAUUUUAUAGAAACUAGGACGAACAUAGCAGAAGAUAGUGACCAUGGACCCCAAGUUACUUAUGACAUGAUAGGAGGUUUAAGCAGCCAGCUCAAAACUAUUAGAGAAAUGGUUGAACUGCCCCUGAAGCAAGCUGAAUUGUUCAAGAGUUACGGAAUCUCACCUCCUAGAGGAGUCCUGUUGUAUGGUCCUCCAGGUACUGGGAAGACUCUCAUUGCCAAAGCCAUUGCAAGUGAGGUUGGUGCUCACGUAACUGUUAUUAAUGGUCCUGAAAUAAUAAGCAAGUUUUAUGGAGAAUCUGAAUCAAGACUUCGUCAGAUAUUUGCCGAAGCUUCUUUGCGUCGUCCUUCUAUUAUAUUUAUAGAUGAAUUGGAUGCACUCUGCCCAAAGAGAGAAGGGGCUCAGAAUGAAGUGGAAAAGAGAGUUGUAGCUUCCUUGCUGACAUUAAUGGAUGGCAUUGGCUCUGAAGGCAGUGAGGGGCAGCUCGUGGUACUGGGGGCCACCAAUCGCCCUCAUGUGCUGGAUGCAGCACUGCGCAGACCCGGCCGUUUUGAUAAAGAAAUAGAAAUAGGAAUUCCUAACGGCCAGGACCGCCUGGACAUACUACAGAAGCUUCUGAAGAAAGUUCCCCAUUCUCUCACGGCAGCAGAGAUGAUGCAACUGGCUGAUAGCGCGCAUGGUUAUGUGGGUGCUGACUUAGCAGCCUUGUGCAAGGAAGCAGGUCUGUACGCACUGCGGAGAGCUCUGGGGAAGAGAGCUCGCCCCUCAGACACCGAGGUGGCUGGGUCAGUGAUGAUUGCUUUCAAUGACUUCCUGCAGGGGAUGAAGGAUGUCAGGCCCAGCGCCAUGAGGGAGGUGGCAGUCGAUGUGCCAAAAGUAUCUUGGUCAGACAUAGGAGGACUAGAAGAUGUCAAGAUGAAAUUGAAGCAGGCAGUUGAAUGGCCUCUCAAGCAUCCUGACUCCUUCAUCCGAAUGGGGAUUCAGCCUCCAAAAGGUGUGCUGCUUUACGGACCUCCUGGAUGCUCAAAAACAAUGAUAGCGAAAGCUUUGGCUCAUGAAAGUGGCCUCAACUUCUUGGCAGUGAAGGGACCUGAACUGAUGAAUAAAUAUGUUGGUGAGUCGGAACGAGCAGUGAGAGAGAUCUUUAGGAAAGCCAGAAUGGUGUCUCCUUCGAUUCUUUUCUUUGAUGAAAUAGAUGCCUUGGCAGUUGAAAGGGGAAACUCUUCAGGUGCUGGGAAUGUAGCAGACCGUGUCUUGGCUCAGCUGUUGACGGAAAUGGAUGGGAUAGAGCAGCUGAAGGACGUGACAAUUUUGGCAGCUACAAACAGACCGGACAUGAUAGACAAGGCUUUGCUGAGACCGGGAAGAAUAGACAGAAUUAUCUAUGUGCCUUUGCCAGAUGCAGCCACUCGUGGGGAGAUCUUCAAACUUCAUUUUCGGUCCAUGCCAGUCAGUGAGGAAAUCUGCUUAGCAGAGCUUGUUCAGCACACCCACAAGUAUUCAGGAGCAGAGGCACUGAAACACGCACUGUUGCAACCCUGGUGUCUGUGCAUCUAACAUAAAAUGAGUAGAUGUAAUUCACUGGAAAGUUUCCCCUUUCUCCAGCAUGUAGACAGUUCCUGGGUGAAUCUUACGAACUCAUCUCUUGACAAGAGGCAGUGCUGAUUGUGCAGUGAUGCUUGACUGUGGAAUUGUGUAACUUGGCUGCCCAAUUCAGUGAAGUAAAAUAUGUAUGGCAAGUCAUGAGAAGGCCAC